AUGUUUGCUGAUGUUUCAGUAGCUGGACCGUUACCUCUCAUUUACCACUUAAAGGAUAUUCAGACGCGUGAAGAUCUAUGCACUCGUGAGGUCAACGUGUUUCAAAACGGCACUUUGACGAUCAAAUCACAGAUUUCAUUUCACGAGGUAUGUCGAGAGUCUAUUGCUCAUCAAUGUCAUAUGCCGGUUACGCCGAUGCCCGAAUUCUGCACACCAGUGUCGGACGCAAUCAAGCAGUUGCUGGAGAACAGUGACGAGGAGACACUUUCGAUAUCGCCAGAAAUACACGAAUUCGCUAGCACCAUACUGUCGAAUCCCAUCAACGAGCUCUUCGAUACGUAUCUUUGCAUUAGCCAGUGUGAGAAUGCCGAAUAG